AUGACUUCAUCCACCCACAAACACUAUCACCUGCACAAUAUUGAUUCAGAAAAGGUUGUGGAAAGAUAUUUUUCUACAACAUCUGAUAUUUUGAUGUUGGAUGAGAUUGCAAGAUUUCCAGCCGAAGAGCUUUUCAGGGAAGCUAAGGAAGGUAUGUUCAUUAAUGAUGUAAUACAGUUUAAAAUAUUUAACAGAUUGCUGUUAAUCAUAUUUUACUAACGAUAAAGAAAUAGAGAAAAAUAGAGCAUGUAAGUACAGAAACCAUAUGUAAAGACAACCAUUAAAGGAAUUAAUUCAAAGAGAGUGGCUUAUUAAUCAAAGAUUAAAUGUAAAAAAGAGGGGGGUUUAACUGUACGUUCCACACCAAGAAAAUAGCUCUAGGGAGGAGUUAGAAAAGUAACUAGCUGGACCGUAGUUGAGAACUCAGGAAACAACUUUGGAAAAGCUGGGAUUUUUUUAAUGGUAAAUAAACCCAUGCUAUUUAAGAACAGAGAAAAAUGUUUUGCACAUGGAGAGAGAGAAAAGGGGGAUAGAAAAGGGAAAUAUGUAUAUAGAUAGAUAUAGAUAGAUAUAUAUAUUAUUUUUUUUUUAUUUUAAUAUUGCAAUAUAAGCAGGAGAAAAACUCUGAUCAGUUUUCUUCAAGAUAACCCCAAACAACAUUAUCAAAUUCUGCCCCUGUAGUGGCGAACCCAUUCCACUGCUAACAAAUAUAAUAGUCUAUGUUGUUUCUGACUCUGUGAAAGUAAGGACACUCAAUAAUGUGGUUAUAUAGUCUGUUACUGUAUGGCUAGUCAGUAAGAAUCUCCUUAGAGAAGGCCAUACUCAUCACAAUAUAAAACCCAUUAAAAAUAUAAUAAAAAUUAAACCUAUACAACUGGAUACAUUUGUGUUUGCAAUAGGUCAAUGUGGAAUUGUGAAUGUAGAACUAGCUGCGCCCAAUCUGAGGCUUCGUCAAUGAGAUCAGUGGACAAAGCAGAUGGGCACCAUUUUUGGAACUCUGGGGUUAAACUUUAUAACCCCAGAGUUCCAAAAGUGGUGCCCAUCUGCUUUGCCCACUGAUGUCAUUGACGAAGCCUCAGAAAGUGUUGAACGACUUCUGGCACAUUAAACAACUUAAUUAAAAUGGAGUUGUUAGGGUGCCCAGAUGUUUCCAGGACAGGUAGAUUUGCGUGUCAUCUGCAUAGAAAUUAUAUUGGAAGCCAAAGGAGCUAAUGAAUUUACCAAGGGAGGCAGCAUGGACGGAGAACAGUAGGGGACCAAGGACUGAACAACAGAGAGGAGUGGAGGAGAAGAAGCAGAGCCAGAGAAAGAAACACUGAAAGAGCGCUGGGAGAGGUAGGAGGAGCACCAGGAGAGAGCAAUAUCUUGUAGACCUAUUUUGCGGAGGAUGAGAAGAAGCUGUUGAUGAUCAACAGUAUCAAAAGCUGCAGACAGGUCAAGAAUUAGGAUAAAGUAGUGACCACAAGAUUUUGCAGCGAGUAGAUCAUUGGAUACUUUGCUCAGUGCCAUUUACACAGAGUGCUUAGCGCAGAAACCAGACUUAAGCGCGUCUAGCAGUGAGUUGGACUCGAGGAAGUCUGUGAAUCUCGCAUACACAAUUCUUUCAAGGAUCUUGGAUGCAAAAGGCAGUAGUGAGAUAGAACAAUAGUUGGAUGGGAAGUUAAGGUCAAGAUUGGGCUUCUUUAGAAUUGGGUUACAGUUGUAUGUUUGAAGGGCAAUGGAAAUAUACUAGAGGAGAGAGAGAGAUUGAGAAUUUUAGUGAGAGGUGGAGAAAGAGAAGAAGACAGAGUAUGGAUGAGAUGCAAGGGAAUUGGAUCUAGGGAGCAGGUGGUGGGGCGGAAGGACUGGAGCAGAGCAGAAACCUCUUCCAAUGUAGUGGGUGCAAAUGAACAUAGAACAGCAAAGGGAGUGAAGUUAGGGGAAGCAUUGUAAGGGGAAGAAGAAAGAUGAGAGAUCUCUUCUCUGAUUGUAGAGAUCUUGUUAGUGAAGUGAGUUGCAAAGUCUGAGGCGGUCAAGUUAGUAGGUGGAGGAGGAACAGCAGGGCAAAGAAGAGAGUUAAAGGUGUGAAAUAGUCGUUUGGGUUCGCAGGAGAGUGUAGUUAUGUGGGUAUUGAAGUAAUUAACUUUUGCAGAGGAAAGAGACAAGCUGUAUGAGCUUAGCAUAAAUUUAUAGUGGAGAAAGUCAGAUGCACAGUGAGACUUUCUCCCACAGUGUUCAGCAGUUCUGGAGCAUUUUUGGCGGUAUCGAGUGAGCUUGGUGUGCAAGGUUGUUGUUGGGGGCGCCUGCGGCAUUUAAAGGUACAAGGUGCCAUGAUGUCUAGUUGAGAGGAGAGGGUGGAAUUGUAGAAGGAGGUUGCAGAACUAGGACAGGUGAAGUUUGAGAUAGGUAAAAGGAGAGUUUGGAGGUUAGUGGAGAAAUGCUGUAGGUCAAGACAUUGGAAGUUUCUGUGAGAGUGAUGUUAUAAUAUAAUAUUAUGUUCCUUUUGACAGGUCUCAUUGGUGGGGACCACUUGAUUGACAUUUCAGCAGGUCCAAGUGUAAUUCAGCUCUUCCCAAUCUUUAAAUUCUUCAAGGAGAUCUCUAUUUUAGAAUUCAGUGAUAUCUGCAUCAAAGAUCUGCAGAAGUGGGUGAACAGCCAUGAAGAUGCGUUUGAUUGGUCUGGCCUAUCCAAAUUUAUAUUGAAAUAUGAAUUAAACAGGUGACAUUUUAAUAUAACAUUUAUUGUUUGACAGUAAAUGGCAUUAGUCAUUAGUCUUUGAAAUGGUGAUAUCAGCUUCAUGUGUACAAUACUAUUUUCUCUAUACUAUCACACCAAAAUGAUUUUCUUCAUACAAGAACAUUACAUUACUUCUCUAUGGGAAGACUUAAAUGGAUUCUAUAGUUUUAGGAUUACAAACCUGUAUUUCUAACACUAUAGAGCUUUCCCCUCCCCUCCCACUUGGUGCCACCGCGGUAGAUAAAGUGUUUUAAUAAACACCUUUAUUUGCUUACCCAAUUUCAGUGCCAAUCUUCCUCGGUGCUGGGUUGGCACUCCACCUCUUCCAACAUCAUCCGAUGGGGGAAGACCCAAUGUGCAUGCGCAACAAGAGCUGCAUGCUCAUUAGGCGCACCCAUAGUAAAUCAUUGUCUCAGUUUUCACUGAAGCUGAAUGUCCUCAUGCAGAGCGUAAGUAUGUCCAGCAUAAUUUAGGCGACCUAGACUCUGGUAAUAUACCAGAAGCACCUCUAGUGGCUGUCUGGCAGAUUUUUUUGGCAAGCAUGAGGUGAGGCUGUCAUACAGAGACAUCCAACAUGCCCCUAAUCAUGUACUGAAGGAACAAGCCAUCUAUUUUAACAGUUUAUAAUGUCUUUAUACCUGCGUAAUGUCUUUGGGCAUAUCUGAAACCUUGUCUUGCAAUAGCUGCAUAUCUUUUAACUGCAUCUAAUGCAAGCCUUUCCCUACUUCCCCGGCAGAAACUUUCGCAUCUGUGCCCAAUCAGAGGCUUCUCAUUAAAAAGCAUCACAGGCCAGCAAUGCAUUUGUCCAAUCACAUACUUCUUACUUUGUUGUAUUACAGAUGCAUUUGCAAGGCAUGUAAACUGGGCAAGUUCCUGCCUCAUGAUCCUUACUCCACAGAGCUAAACUCGGAAUAAGAAACACUUCGCAGCUGCCCAAUUGACAGCCGGGGUGGUGUAAUCAAAUGAGAGAUCAUUUAUAAAAGUGACGAUUUCUAUUGAAAUCUGCAUUUUUAAAAAAUAAAAAAGAGGACAUAUUCUCUUUAGACACAGAUGAAGGGCUUUAUCUGUUCGGAGUGUCACUUUAAGCUGACUUAGCAAAUGAUAAUCACAGUAAAAACUCCUAGAAUUUUGGUGCUGGUGGUAGAAGAUGUGUCUUUAAAACCCCUUCGUACUCAGAAGAAAUAAUUAUUCUUCUGUAAAAGCAGGAGUUGUGUGCAUUGAGCCUCUGCAUAUGCCUCUCAUUUCAACAAUUCACACUUGAGCAAUACAAAGCACAGUGCAUUUAGGUACGCACUGACACAAAGGAAACAAGGAUUGCAGCGGAUACAUGCUGCAUGGUAAGCUGGUUUGCUUGGAGGAUGUGUCAUACCACUAUUUAAAUGUAUUAACAGUGGAUUGUAGAUCUAUAGGGCUAUAAAUGGUGGAUAGAUAUGCUGACAUUAUAAACACACAGAAACAUUGACAAAUACUUAUACUUACAACAACUUAUAUUACACACACACACACAUAAACACAAACAAAUACUGACAUUGUUCUCAUGCUGACAUUCAUUGACAGCAAGCAAACACACUCUGAUACACAAUUACAUGGCACACAAUUACACCGCAGAGUCACUCACAAUAAUCCUGUGCUCAAGAGUUCCUUCACAAACAAGAAUAUUGAACAAACAAUAUAUAGGUCGGUGACCCAUCUGUCUGUCUCCAUUCCACACACUUAAGUGUCUGCCUAUCCCAACACACUCCAUAUUAAGUGUUUCAGUCUAUCCCACCUCUAAUAUUGAUAUUUCACUGCCUAACCCACCUCCAAUAUUAAUAUUUCGCUCCAAACAGUGGUAAAGAGAAGUGAGUUUCUAGCACUUGUAAUACAUUGAUGGAGUCCACUGGAACAACUUAAACUAGAGUAUCUCUUUUCUGGUUAGAGGUAGGAUAUGUGGAUGAGAUGAAGGGAGCAGCAACAAGGGGAUCCACAAGUUUGGAAUCCUGCCAAGAGGGAUCCUCUUGAGUAAAUGUUCAGUUAUUUUAUCAUCCUUUUUUAAUUUACAGGGUGUAUGUUUUUAUAUCUGUUUUUAUCUAUAUUUAAUCAAUACCACCAAUAUAUCCAAGAGUGGGGACAGUACCACCUUAUGCUAUCUUCUGGGAGCCAUCUUUGGGCUCCAUAAAAUGUGAGUGUAUAUCUAUGUUCAAUAUCUCUCACAUCUAUGACUACAAAUAUACUAAAUCAUAUUGGUAUCUUUUUUGUUUUUAUUUCAUAAUCUCUGGAUCAUCCCUUAUUGCAGUUAAGAAAUACGCUCUACAUAAUCAGGCAGGGAUGGUACCACCCAGGCACACAAAGGUAGAGGGCUAUGACUCAUAUCCUGCCCCCCCCUCCCCGUAUUGAAAUUCUUCCUGCAUGAGAAUGGCUCCAAGCAGGAUUGUUAUAGAGAAUGCGCAUCCCUGCCACUAGACUACAGUAGCUGCUGCUUAGUAAAUAGUGUGGGAAGGUUGGGGAUAGCUUCACACCUGCAGACUAUGAGCUAUGUCGGCUGUCUGGUGUCUCUGCUGUCAUGACUGCACAGUUCGCACACCCCUCUCAAGGACAUCUCUGUUUGUUAAUGUUUGUCCCAUGUGUAAAUUGCUUUUAUUUAGUUACACAAAUGCAAUAAAAGUUAAGACACAAAAUUUAAAUUAAAGGGACAGUGUAGGCACUAAACAAUUUCAUCCUAUUGAAUUGGUUUUAGUAUCUGGAGUCUCCAGGCACUUUCCUUCCAUUCACUGUUAAACCAUCUCCAAGCAGUUUAACACUGAGGUCCUUGGCUUCCCAUAGCCUGGCACCUACUGGAGGUGUAGUUAAGGCAGAGAUUACUCACUUCCUUGUAUCCAUACUGAUUCCUACCAGCAAUGGGCACUGUGAUAGGCUGGCACCCUCAAGUAAAUCAGAGGAUCCCAUUGCUGCUCGGACUAUUGCUUUCUCUUUAGGCAAGCAGCACAAAGGGGAAGGGGUACUUUGUCAAGCAUUAGAAAAGUUAAAAAGGUUUAAUGCUGAACAGAAGGACUGUGCCAGGAGACUCCAGACACUAUAACCACUUCAAUUAUAUGAUGCAGUUAUGGAACCUGCAGUGUCCCUUUAAUAUCAAAAGAGCACCUGUGAAAAGAAUGGGUAAAAAUAAUGGACACAGCUUUUGUUCUUAUAAUAUGGAAUGUAUACAAUAUUUGGUAAUUAUCUGAAUGCAAUGCACUUGCUACAAUAAUUGUAUAUUUCCAUUUUAGUGAAAGCGAAAAUGACCUGCGUAGAAGGAUCAAACACAUCUUAAAAUGUGAUUUCAGCAAAGCCAACCCUACGGACCCAGUUGUGUUACCAAAAGCGGAUUGUGUGUUGAGCCUUUAUGUGACACAUAUGGUUAGUGAAGAUCAUGAAGUUUACCGCUCUAACAUAAAAAAAAUAGCUUCCAUGCUAAAACUAGGAGGACGCAUGUUAUUAUUUGGUGGUUAUAAUGGUGCAUUUUUCACUGUUGGUGAGGAAAAGUACCAUCUUUUAGGGUGCGGUGAAAAGUUUAUAAAAGAAGCUCUGAAAGAUGCAGGUCUUGCGACUGAGCGAUAUGAGGUGCGAAAAAGUAAAAUAAACAAUGAGAUGGCAUCUUAUGAUCAUCUUUUUUUUAUUAGGGCUGUCAAAAAGAAAGAUAUCUAA